GAAAAAGUCUUUAAAUAAUUUUAAUACCGGUUUUGAUGUGGUUAGUCUAUCCCAGUGGCGGCUCGUGACAUUGUGAAUAGUUUCCUCUAAUGAAACCUCUCGAAGCACACGCGAUAACAAUUACUCGCGAUGCCAGUGCACUUCAGGAGGUAUUUUCAGAUGGUGGAAAAGAGAUCUUCGGACGUCAACCCUAUGUGGAAAGUUCUUCACGCGCUCCUAUUCAUCCUGAUAGUGGUGAUGUCCUUCGUUGCGGCGGUCACCUUCAACGACAUCUUCGAAUCAUUCAGCUACACUUGCAUACUGUACGCCAAGCCUACUAUCCGCUUGGAUAACAUCCAGUACCACCCUGCUAUUGUCCAAGACAUGGAAAAUAAGACCGAUAUAUCUACCUCGACCACUGACGAAUCUCUUCGAGACGACGACGAGACCACCACCGUCACCGAGUACACAACCGUCGCCUUAACCACCACCCAGGCAGUGGUGAAGACGACCACUAAAGUUACCCCAACCGAAGUGCCCAGUUACGAGAUCAUAAACAACGAAUACUGGAUCGUAAAUUCUACUUUAAAGGCCAAGAUCAUGGUGGAUUUCGCUUACACCGUUUUUGGAUCUAAGAGUGUGUGUAACACGGUCCUAUUCUUUCCGUUAGCGACGCUGGUUUUGGGAACUUUUUCUGCAAUUAUCGUCAUGAUUUGUGGCAGGGGUGGGAAAGGCUACUCUUCAGAACUCUUCCCGCAACAAUGGAUAUAUGUGUACCCCUUUUUGGUGUUCAGUUUAUUAAUGAUAAUAAUAAACGCCAUCGUGGUAAGUUUUUUCUAUAAUGGAAUGGAGCAAUUAUGCGCAGAGUUUGAGACGUACACGGGAUCAAGCAGUUGUACGAAAAAAAUAAACUAUCUAACGGAUGAAGCGGGAUUCGGACUUUUCAAUUUGUAUCAGUCGUACCACCUUUGCCUCACCUCGUUGUCCACCGAACUCAUAAUGUGGACCUUACAGGCGUUGCUGAUGAUUUUCAGAGUUCUCUGUAUAGCGGACUUUGAUCUAAUUAUGGUAAACGUUUCGUCCAAGAGACGCCACUCGCUGGGAUACGAUGUCGACGAGGCUCUGAUGAAAUCUCACAAACUGAAGAAAGUAACUUUCGAGGACAAUGAUUGUAAGAGCCGCAAUAAAAACGAAGAUGUGACGCAAGUUUAACGUACUCGAAAAUAUACGGUUUAAUCUCAGGGUUUAUUUAGGUUAAGAUGGCAGCACGUCGCAUACAACAUAACAUAACCUUAAAAGUCUAAUUUUUAUUACAGUAUUGUGUCAAAAAUUUCAAUAUUUCACAUUCCAGUUUACAAGGUGGUUGAAAAAUUUUGAUGGCAAAUGCUAGGUCAUAAGGAAUAUGUGCCAAUGGACGUGUAUUUACCAAAAAUUACGGGUCAUUUUGGUUUUUUAUUUAAUUUAUUUUUCAGCGGCUAGAAACAAAUUAGAUGUUAAUAAAGUAGUCGAAAUUGUCAGUUACUUGUAGCUCAAAGUAAAAUUAAAAUUUUGGUCAUAAUAAAUAAGCGACAAUGUGGUUCUUACAUUUCUGGCGACAUCAUCUCGUAUACAGGGUGUCCCAUCAGGAAUCACACUGAUCCGAUAGAUCUGAAAAUUUCUGGGACACCCUGUAUUUAUGGGCUUUGUACCUGACAAAGUGCUCGAAUAUGACGGGGUUAUUUCCCCUUUUUAUCAAUUACUUAAUUUAUUUAGUAUUGUCUAGGUGUUUAUAUUUAUGAAUACAGGAUGUUUAUAAACUUGGAGACAAUUUAAGACCAACAAACAUUUUCAAUAACACACGCACAGAAGAAAAAAAAAUCAUGUUUGGUAGACCAGACAUCUAUGUAUUUUGACGUCACGUUAGAACCUUUUUCUAACCUCAAAAAAUGUACCGAAAUAGCAACUGGUGCUUUCUAAUAAAGAGCUCUGUAGCUGUCUUCACAAGAAACAACCGAGCGUGUGGUAAGUUAAUGAGAAUAGAUCACCAAGUACGUAUAGGUUAGAAUUUCAAUCUAACCUUGAAACUUGCGUGAAAGUAUUCGAUACGUUAAAAUUGUGUGGAAAUCAGGACGUGACACUCCUAUGAUACGUUUUUAAAAAUGCUGGUACAAAUGUGACACACUAGAUCUGAUCAGAUCGAGUAUUGACCACUUUCUAACCUCAAAAAAAUCGGGUGUGAGAUUCACUGUCGCCCGGUUCUUGGGUUAGAGAGUUUGAAGGUUCAGUUUGUAGGGACUCUGUCAAAUCGAUAUAUACGAAAACUCGAUCGCCCUGAAUUUUUUGAGGUUAGGAAGUGACCAUUAUUCGAUUUCGAUGUCAAAUUUAUACUCGGCUCUUUAAAAUACCUACUGGAGAAAUGACAAAGAUAGAUACAGAUUUUUUUGUUAUUUCAACCUUUGUUUUGAGGUUAGAAAAAAAUCUUGACCUAUAGGGGAUUUAGUCUACCGAACAUUUUUGUGUUUCUGUGUAAUCAAAACAUUUGGUAUUGCAAAACAGUGCAAGCAGUGCAUAAAUUGUGAAAACUUAUUGGGAACCUCUGGAACAGUGUAGCCGUAGAUAGCGCGCCGUGCCAUUUUUUGUCCCGUUUUUGUGUACUAAAUUGGAAAAUUGUUAGCUGUUUUAGAUUAUCGUCACUUUUACUGCAGUUUUAAUUACAGAGGUGCGUCUUAUUGUUUGAGUUUCAAGCAAAAUUGUUGAGGAGACGUUUAAUUGAAGUCAUUUAUUUUUCUGCGUUUUUACGUUUGCUUAAAGAAAUGCAAAUAAUCACACAUAAAUGGCCUAUCGAUAUAGUAACAAAUGAAUGAAUGACAAUGUGAGUUAAUUGCACUGCCCAGCUAUCGAUGGAGUCAGCGAUUCCGAAAAUGUUUUUUCGUAGUAUGCGGUGAGUGUUAGAAAAAAAUUUUAUUCCCAAAAAAAAUGUUUUCCAAGUUUGUGGACUUCCUGUAUAAAAGUACUGAAUUUCCGAAGUGUAAAUUAUUGCAACAAAGGCCAAUAGAUGAUGUUAAAAUUCAGUUAUUAGUUGUUUGCGUUAUAGUUUUUGUGUUCUAUAAAUCUCAAAAAAUAAGUUUACUUACCUCUAGAAGUCUUUGUUCCAAAUAAAUAUGUAUAUAUUGAUGUUACAAAAAUCCACUUCACACUCCGUGUAACACGUGUAACAACUUAAAUUAAUUUGUUUUGAACAAUUAAAUUCCACAUAAAUCACUUAAAUCACCGUUGUACAAUUCAAGUUGAUGUUGCAGUAAUAUUUCUUAGGUAAAAGUAAUUGAAAGUGUGUAUAUGUUUUGUACUUCUGUACUGAGUCGAACUAAAAAAAAAUAACAUCGAAAAAAUAAACACUACCAGUGCCUGCAUAUUAAACAUUAUGAGUAUAAUAAAAAUGAAAGAGCUAGAAUGAAACAUAACACAUUUUUCUCAAGAUAUUUUUACGUGAUCGUGUUCUCUCAGUGUAGAAUUUUAAAUUACCGCAAAAUAUUCGUAUAAAAAAAAUUGCAAAUGCUCAUUAUAUGUGGACCACAAUGUGUUGAAAUAAUUUGUUGAUUUUCACUAUCAACACUAUAUGGAAAGCUCAGAGAUGUUAAAUAAUUAGUAGUUUCAUGGUUUUUUAAAUGAAUUACUCCAAUAUAGUGUUGACAGUCCUUUAGCGCUAAUAAUCGUAUUGUGAUAAGAGCUGUAUUGUUAAUAAUAUAUUUUUAUUAAACGCAAUGAACAUUU